AACAAAACAAGAUUUGGGUUGCAACUUCACCACACGGGGUUAUAUUCGUCGAAUCAGGGAAUCAACGCUGUAGAUGAUGGGAAUGGGUAGAGAAGAGAGAGCUGUCGGAGAAAGAGGAAAGAAAACGAAUGAACGAGAUAAAGAAACGGUAAGGCAUGCAAAAAAUCUAAGAGAGAAUAGCAGAGUUUUACAAAACUCGGGUACUAUAGCUCCAGGAUCGAGUUAAUGGAAUUCAAUCGGUGGUUGAAUUUCAAUUCACGGACAUUAACUCGAAUUGUGGUUUGAAUUAUAAUUCGAACGGAGUUCACCAAACAACAAUUUGGGCUGUGGAAUCAACUUGAGUCGGGCUUACUCAAGUUGAGUCCACCAAACGAACACCUCCUAAGCUCACUCCUCUUACUUCCAUUUUCAGAAAAAAGAACAACAAAAGAGGAGAGCCAAUUUUCUCAAUUCCAAAGCUCUGAAUCAGUUCCUUAUUACCGUGAAAUCCAAAAAUGCCCAAAACUCGCCGAGUUUUCUGCAUCGGAACCGCCGACACGAAGCACGAGGAGCUCCGAUUCCUCGCCGACGUCGUCCGGUCGAGUCUCAAGAGCUUCUCCGGGAACUCCUCGUUCAAGGUGGAGGUCGCCAUUGUUGACGUCUCAGCGAGCGAGAAGGAGACCAAGACCGAGAAAUUCGGCGAUUUCGCGUUCGUUACGAGGAAGGAGAUUCUCUCUUGCCAUUCCGAAUCGACGGAUGAAGCUCCGAUUAGGCUUCCCGAUGACAGAGGCGAAGCCAUUGGCGUUAUGAGCAGAGCUCUGGAGAAUUUCCUGAAGAGAGAGAAUGAAAACGGCGUCGUUGUCGGAGUGAUCGGUCUCGGAGGCAGCGGAGGGACUUCGCUGAUCUCCAACGCCCUGAGGUCGCUCCCAAUCGGAAUCCCUAAGCUCAUCGUCUCCACCGUCGCGAGCGGUCAGACCGAAGGUUACAUCGGACCCUCCGAUUUGGUCCUUUUUCCGUCGAUUGUCGAUGUUUGCGGAAUCAACAGUGUGAGUCGAGUCGUUUUGUCGAACGCUGGAGCUGCUUUCGCCGGAAUGGUAAUCGGGAGGCUACAGAGAGAAAGAGAAUGUCGUGGCGGUGAUGGGAAAUUCACGGUUGGAUUGACCAUGUUUGGAGUCACAACUCCGUGCGUGAACGCUGUGAAAGAGAGGCUGGUCAAAGAAGGUUACGAGACGCUGGUUUUUCAUGCCACUGGCGUUGGAGGGAGAGCCAUGGAGUCUCUGGUUAGAGAGGGAUUUAUAAAGGGUGUUUUGGAUAUAACUACAACAGAGGUUGCGGACCAUGUAGUUGGAGGCGUCAUGGCUUGCGACAGUUCUCGCUUUGAUGCCAUUAUUGAAAAAAGGGUUCCUUUAGUCCUCAGUGUGGGUGCUUUGGAUAUGGUGACCUUCGGACCUAAAGAUACGAUACCUUCUGAUUUCCAACACAGAAAGAUUCAUGAACAUAAUAAGCAGAUUUCACUCAUGCGAACCACAGUCGAUGAGAACAAGAAAUUUGCUAGCUUCAUAUCAUCUAAACUUAACAAGUCGUCUUCUAAGGUCCGUGUUUGCCUACCACAAAAGGGUGUCUCUGCUUUGGAUGCACAAGGGAAGGCCUUUUAUGAUCCUGAGGGCACAACUGCCCUUAUAGAUGAACUGAAGAGGCUGAUUCUGACUAAUGAAGAUCGGCAGGUAAAUGUAUACCCUCAUCAUAUUAAUGAUCCUGAGUUUGCAAAUGAACUGGUCAACUCAUUUUUGGAAAUUAGUACUAGGAAUUCUACGGAUUCCAGCUCUCUGAGAGAUAGUGUUAGUGAAUCGAAACAACAUGUUCUCAAAAAUGGUGUCUCAAAAAGUGAUGGUAUCAUUGUUCGAAGCCCAAGUGACUUUCCAGACGCAAGGCCAGAAACUUUACAAAGAACUUGGGCCAUUUUGCUGCAACUUAAAGAUCAGAUAAAUAAAGGGCUGCCAAUCAUAGGGGCUGGUGCAGGGACGGGGAUUUCUGCCAAGUUUGAGGAAGCUGGUGGUGUUGAUCUAAUAGUCAUAUACAAUUCGGGGCGAUUUCGUAUGGCAGGAAGGGGUUCAUUAGCAGGCUUGUUGCCUUUUGCUGAUGCAAAUGCUGUGGUACUUGACAUGUCAAAUGAAGUGUUGCCUGUGGUGAAGAAGGUACCGGUUCUUGCUGGCGUCUGUGGUACCGAUCCUUUUCGCCGAAUGGAUUUCUUCUUGAAGCAGAUGGAGUCAAUUGGAUUUGCUGGGGUGCAAAAUUUUCCAACUGUAGGGCUUUUUGACGGAAAUUUUAGACAGAAUCUUGAAGAAACGGGAAUGGGAUAUGGCUUGGAGGUUGAGAUGAUUGGAAAAGCACAUAAGAUGGGUCUCUUGACGACCCCAUAUGCUUUCAACCAAGAUGAAGCUGUGGAAAUGGCAAAAGCUGGGGCUGAUAUAAUAGUGGCCCAUAUGGGACUAACUACAUCUGGCUCUAUAGGUGCAAAAACAGCAGUCUCGUUGGACAAAAGUGUAAUUCGUGUACAAGAAAUUGCAGAUGCUGCUCUUAGGAUCAAUCCUAAUGCUAUUGUGCUGUGCCAUGGAGGUCCUAUAUCUGGUCCUAAAGAGGCAGAAUUUAUACUGAAGAGAACAACAGGAGUUCAUGGGUUUUACGGUGCUUCUAGCAUGGAGAGACUACCAGUUGAACAGGCUAUAACCUCUACUAUCCAACAAUAUAAAUCAAUUCCAAUAAACUGAAUUCGCACGUCUCUGUGUAUCAAAGCCCGAGUCUAUGCCAUUAAAAGUAUGUUGUAUUUUUCCUUUUUUUCUUUUUUGGGUACGAUUUCUUCCGUAAGAAUAAUGCAAAUCUACUUGAAGCUAUUGCUAUCAAGUUUGA